GCCUCAUUGUGGGAUUACUACUUGAGAACGAAUUAGUUAUUCUCGCACACAUUGCACACUUCUUUUUCCAACAGCCUGCUUGCUAUACAUGCCUAAACAUAAAUAAUUAGGAGCCUAUGGCUGCUGCACUGGGUCACUGGACACGGGACCACUGGGAAUUAACCUCCAGGAUGCAAAUACAGGUCCUUCAUCUCAUCUGAAAAGACAAAGAUGGGAGAAAAAAGACAACAUGUGGUCUAACAAAAGGAUUUUUCUGAAGAACCCAGCAAAGGGAGGAGGAAGGUGACUUCAUGUGGUGUAAAUGGGACAGGAAAGCCGCAACCAAAUGUACAGUCCAGGGAUGAACAUAAGGCCAGCGAUGGCUCCACAGUCUCCAGGGCCGAGUCGGAGUCCACCACUGACCUCUCCGUCACCUAAGAAGACCAACUUUCAGUCUCUUGGAUCUUUUUCACCAGGAAUGUUCUCUCCCUCACUGGCUAAGCGAUCCGCUCAUCGGGCCAAGCCGACCUCAAGCCCCCUCAAUUCACCCACCCCCUCUAUUAUGAGCUCUCCAAAACUCUGGCAGAAAGCAUCCGUCUCUAGGCUCGCAGAGGAGUUUUUCUGGAUUGGUGGCAGCGUGGUUGCACAGCCUAAAUGGAGACUGGGUCAGAUGGUGGAAAGGUGUAUGUGCACCAUGCAGACCGGCACCCAGAUGACCAAACUGAAGGGAAAGAAGAAAGGACUGGUUCGGUUCUUUUACCUCGAUGAGCACAAAACCUGUAUCCGGUGGAAACCCUCCAGGAAGAAUGACAAGGCCAAAAUUUCUGUUGAUUCCAUCCACGAGGUUUGUGAGGGGAAAAAGUCAGAGAUCUUCAGGUGUUAUGCAGACAAUCGCUUCGACCCAAACUGCUGCUUCAGUAUUUACUACGGGGAGCGUGUGAAGUCCCUGGACCUGGUCUCCACAAACGCCGAGGAGACCCGCACCUGGAUCACAGGCCUCAAAUACCUGAUGGCUGGAAUCAGCGAUGAAGACAGCUUGGCCCGCAGGCAGCGCACCCGGGAUCAGUGGUUACAGCAGACUUUCUCAGAGGCCGACAAGAAUGGAGAUGGCACGUUGAGCAUCGGAGAGGUUCACCAGCUGCUCCACAAACUCAAUGUGAAUCUACCCAAACAGAAAGUCAGGGAAAUGUUCCAAGAGGCAGACACGGAUGAGAUCCAGGGAUCUCUGGGCUUUGAUGAAUUCUGCUCCUUCUACAAGAUGAUUUCCACACGGCGAGACCUCUACCUGAUUAUGAUCUCCUACAGCAACCACAAGGACGUGAUGGAUCUCCAUGACCUUUCACGCUUCCUGGAGAAUGAACAGAAGAUGCGAGGUCUGACCAGAGACCAUCUAGUAGACAUUGUGUCCAAGUUUGAGCCAUGCCCUGUAAACCUGCAGCGUAUGGUACUUGGUAUUGAUGGUUUCACCAACUACAUGCGCAGUCCAGCAGGCGACAUCUUCAAUCCUGAUCACAAUCAUGUCAACCAGGACAUGACGCAGCCUCUCACUAACUACUUCAUCGCCACGUCGCACAACACCUACCUGACAGGAGACCAGCUGCUCUCUCAGUCCAGGGUGGAAAUGUACGCCUAUGUUCUGCAGGCAGGCUGUCGCUGUGUGGAGGUGGACUGCUGGGAUGGACCAGAUGGAGAGCCGAUCAUCCAUCAUGGCUACACGUUGACAUCAAAAAUUCUCUUCAAAGAUGUUGUUGAAACCAUCAACAAAUAUGCCUUCACAAAAUCACAGUACCCAGUGAUCUUGUCCAUAGAGAACCACUGCACUGUGCCUCAGCAGAAAAAGAUGGCCGAACAUCUGAAAGAGGUCCUGCAGGACAAACUGGACCUGACGAAUGUCAAUGUACAAGAAAGCAAGAAGCUGCCGUCCCCUGAGAUCCUGAAAGGCAAAGUUUUAGUGAAGGGAAAGAAGCUGCCAGCAAACCUUGAUCCUGAUGCAGAGGAGGGAGAUGUGUCUGAUGAGGACACUGGGAAUGAGGAAGAAGAGGAAGAUGAUGAUGAUGAGGACAGUAACUCACAGGAUGGGAACAGUGCUACAUCAAGUACUCAUCCCAAAAAGAAGAGACAACUUGGCAGAUCAAUCAUGAGAAGCUUCAAAAGAAAGAGAAAAAAGAGAAUCCGUGGGAAAAGUAAAUCCUUGUCUGAUGGGGAAUCAGACUGCAGCAGCAGCAGGGAGAGGGCACAAAUUGUCUAUCACUCGAAAAAAAGGAAAACAAUGAGAUUAUCAAGAGCUCUGUCCGACCUGAUCAAGUACACAAAAUCUGUCCGUGUACAUGAUAUAGAAACACAAGGAUUUGCAACCAGCUGGCAGGUAUCGUCUCUAAAUGAGACCGUAAUGAACCAGAUUUUACAGCUAAAACCAGGCAAGUUGGUGCGUUUCAACCAGCGCCAGCUCCUGAGAGUCUACCCAUCAAACUACAGGGUGGACUCCAGCAACUUCAACCCACAGAUAUACUGGAACACAGGAUGUCACAUGGUUGCUAUGAAUUACCAGACAGAGGGUCGCAUGCUUGAACUGAACCGCGCUAAAUUCUAUGGCAAUGGAAACUGUGGAUAUAUUCUGAAGCCAAAGUGCAUGCGUAAAGGUGCCUUUAAUCCCAUGCUUGACGACCCCCUGCCAGGACACAGAAAAACUCAGCUGGUGCUAAAGAUCAUCAGCGGACAACAACUUCCCAAACCCAAAGACUCCAUGUUUGGGGACAGAGGAGAGAUAAUCGAUCCUUUUGUUGAAGUUGAGAUUAUUGGCUUACCUGUCGACAGCUCAAAGCAGCAGACCAGAGUGGUGGAUGAUAAUGGAUUUAAUCCCAUGUGGGAGGAGACACUCGUCUUUAACAUCCAAAUGCCGCAGCUUGCCCUGGUGAGGUUCCAGGUGUGGGACCACGAUCCCAUUGGGCGAGAUUUCAUCGGGCAGAGGACAGUAGCGUUCAACAGCAUAAUGCCAGGUUAUCGUCACGUCUACCUGGAGGGGAUGGCAAACUCUUCCAUCUUUGUUCAUGUAACCAUUAAUGACUUAACGGGAAAGAUCAAACCUGCGUAUGCUGUGAACGCCGCCAGAAAGCACUUCCAAAAUGCAGCUAAGAAGCAUAUGAAGAGCCAACAAAGGCUCCCGUCUGUAGACUUCUCUGUCCUCUCCUCGGAGGAUGGGCGGGCUCUCUUCUUCCGUAAGGAUCUGGAUGCCAUCUCUCAGGACAGCAGAAAUGGGGAAAUGUCUCCUGUAGUGCCAGGGCCAGCAGCCAAGGCUGCCAUCCACAAAGGGGCCAGGAGUGAGCCAGUAAAGCGAGCGCUCAGAGUCAAGAUCCAUGAUCCGCCGGAGACGAGGAGAGGCUUCUUCAGCCGGAUGUCGUCCACCGAAUCUUACAAGGGUGGAGCAGCUCCAUACGUAAAAGAGGAAAGUUUCGAUCUUGACUCCUCUUCCCAGAUCUCUAUUUCUACAAGUCCUCCUCCUUGCACUCAAGAUCAAGCUGAUCAAACGGUCUGUCAGGAUGAACCGCCACAGUCAAACUGUGCUGAGCAGCAGAGUGGGAAGGGAUUUGAGCCAGAGCAGUGUGAACUCUCUCAGGAAUCAGCGCCAAACGCUGAUGCUCCUGCUGAACUCGAGCAACCACCAGAAGCCCCGAGUCUGACUAACUCAAUCCCUCAGUUUCAGCCCGUGCCACAGCUGGAAGCCAGGUUCUUUCCACUUUUCCCUCCGUCCUCCCCUGCCAGGAUCAGACGGACCCUCGAGGCCCCCACCCCCAUUCGACCGCCCACCCCGAUACGGACAAAGAACCGCUCACGCAGUUGCCCUCGAAAACCGAUUGCCUCUCCUCCGACACCAAUGGUGAACCACAAACCAGCUUUCCACUGGCAGACGCAGAGUCACGUCAGGGACGGGAAGCACAUUCCCAACGGCCUCUGUCUGUCAGACAGCACAUCAAGCGGCGGCAGCAGCGACAGCUUGGAGCUGCCGGCCUCCUGUGUGCCAGCAGGGGCCGAGACGCGCGAGGGCACCCUGCAGAGGGAGAUGAAGGCCAUGUUCGACCAGAAGAUGAGAGAGAUCCGCUGUAAAUCACCGCUUUUCUUUGAUGAUCACUAUUCAGAUCCUGAAACCAAAGACCACUAAAGAUGUUCAGAAAAGAAGAAAACCAGCACAACAUCACAAAAAGGAGGCGUGAUGACACGGAGAGGACCAACUCAUCGAGCAGAAAUACACAAUAAAACCAUUUUUUUAUUAUUUUAUUUUUAUUUUUUUUAGUCCAGAGGGAAUGUUUACAAUCAUUGCAUUUCUAUGUUUGAAACCAUUUUUAAAAGAUAUUGCUGAAAUCCAUGCUACUGCUGCCAAUUGUACAAAAAAAAAGAGCUGUAAAUAGUGAAAUUAGGAGCAGAUAUUUUUAUUUGUUAGUCACAUUUUCAGUUUAUAAGUAAAACCCUGGGUGAAGUAUCUUCUUUUUUUUUUAAUACAAUCUAAUUUGUUAUUUUAACAUGAAAUACUAGAGUUCAUAUGUAAAAAGCAAUAAUUUAUAUAUAUUUUAAUAAAAUGUGAGAUUUCAAGCUUUAAAUGUAGUAUUUUUUUUAUUGAGUAAGAGGGAAGUUCAAAGGUUCAAACUUUAUGAAGAUAUGUUUUUUUGUUAAAUAUUGGAACCAAAAAUAACUAGCAUUUCAAAGAAACAGACCCUACUUGUUAAUGUUUUGUGUUUGUUUUAAAUCUAUGCUUUUUCUUUGUCUACAUUUUCCUGGGAUUUAUUUGGCUUGUUGUUCUUGAAGCGCAGACUCAGCUCCUCGGUCAUCACGGCGCAGCAAGACUUCUGUGGAAUGAUGGAGAUGAACAGCAGUUUUCUUACAGUGAUGGUUUCAAUGUAAACUUUGGUAUAAAUAUGAGCAAACUCCUAAAUCUGUCUGUCUUUUUGUAGUUUGUAAACCAAAGUUCAUAAAAAGCAGGGUUUGCUUUUUUAUUGUAAUUGCCAUGGUUCUCUAAUGGGAGGGAAAAACCAACUGCAGCUUUCAUUCUUUUCCAAAUCCUCCAAACCCAAUCCACUUACCCUCUGCUCUGCUGCACUUCUUCGACUCUUGAAGGCGAGCUCCAGGACGGACAGAAGUGUCCCCAGGCCCAGGCCGAGAGAGAGGAUGAGGAACAUCCCUUUGAGGCUGUGUGGCUGCACGGCUGACGACUUGCCUUUGUGUGCUAUGCAGCUGCUGGCCCACCACUUGCUUCGCAGGUACGCCAGCUCACCUGCCUCGCUCAGUUGAAGGAUUGCCACACUGAGGUU